AUGCCCGUCUCCGUCUUUGUCGGCAUUCCGCGCAUUGCAGCGGGUGUCCUCGACGCUGCCGCACCCCGCGUCGCCACCGCGUUCGGCCUUGGAGCAAGGCGCGCGCCACCACCACUCUUCUCGCGCGCCCUUUCGUUUUCGGCUGCAGCGGCGACCUGCAUGCUGUGUCAUGCAUCGAGGCAGGCUGCCAGGCGGAAACACGCACUGCGUAAAGUGAAUUCCCUCACUGUCCGGCUCCUCUCGACGUCCGUGGUGCGUCGUCAGGCCUUGGAUCCCAAAGAGUCAAAGCCUGCACCUGCCGAGGAGAUCCACGAGUCGCCAUACACGCUCCCUAACGCGCUUACACUUGCGCGUAUUGCCUCGUGCCCAUUUCUGGCGUACUCGAUCGUACACGGCAACUUUGAAGUGGCCACCGGCCUUCUCGUCGCUGGAGGGUUCACCGACUGGCUUGACGGAUAUCUCGCGCGCAAGUGGAACCAAAAGUCUGUGCUGGGAUCCGUUCUUGACCCUAUGGCGGACAAGACGCUCAUGACCACGCUCGUGGUCACCCUCACGUACAAGGGCCUCCUUCCUUUGCCGCUCGCCCUUCUCAUUUUUGGACGUGACUUCGCGCUCUCUAUGUGGGCGAUGUACGUGCGAUACAUCUCGGUGCCUCCUCCUGUAGGUUUUGCUUUGGGCGAUCGUCAACUAACCCAUUCUCAGAGGACGCUGAAGCGAUAUUUGGACUUGUCUGUGCCGACUGCAGAAAUCAACGCAACCCAGAUUAGCAAGGUCAACACUGCCCUCCAGCUUGUCCUCAUGGGUGCGACAACGGUUUCGCCGCUCAUUUCCGCUGCGUUCGUCGCCCCUUCUCUCGAAGCUCUCCAGUGGAUUGUGGCUGUGACGACCAUUUGGAGCGGUGUCAGCUACCUCGGCGCUGCUGGCUUCAAGAUGUUGAAGCCGCCCAAGUCCAAGCCAAAAGCAUAA